AUGGAUGAAAAGAAAUCAAAUGAAGAGCUUUUAGGAGAACACAACUCUACAUCAGUUAUAGAGUGUGCAGUGCGUUGUCAAAGAGAGUGUAGCUUAAUUGGAUUCAAUCCUAAGAUAAAGAAAUGCCGUACCCACACGAAGAUUUUCACGUCUGGGGUGUCUAAUGAGAGUGGCUGGAGAUACUACUCAUACAACUCACAAGACUUUACAUCUAGAGACUGUAAGGAUCUACAAACAGAUGGACACUUAAAUUCAGGGGUGUAUGAUAUCUAUCCCUAUGAAACCAUCACUAGUCCUGUCAGUGUAUAUUGCGAUAUGACAACGAUGAAUGGAGGAUGGACGACAAUCCAAAAACGAAUUAUUGGAUCCCUGGACUUUAACAGGACCUGGACGGAAUAUAAAAACGGAUUUGGUUCACCGGAACAGGAUGUCUGGGUUGGAAAUGACGUAAUCCAUCAAUUAACAAAAGAGAACUCAUCAUCCCUUUAUGUUUCCAUCACUCUCCAGAAUGGUACAACGCUUUAUGAAAUGUACAAUCAAUUUUCUGUCUCUAACGAAGCAGGGAAAUAUCAACUCUUUCUUGCAGGACCUGCCACGGGGACCUUAGGUAAGUGUAUUCACGUUAAGUUCUUAAAAUUGGGUUCAAAUUACGUAUCUCAUAGAGAUGGCAUGUUAAACACUGUUUACACAGGGGGUUAUCUGUCUGGGAUGUACUUCUCCACCCCGGACAGGGAUAACGACAGAUGGAGUGAUGGACACUGUGCCGCUCUCAGUAGCCGUAGAGGAGGCUGGUGGUUUAACGACUGCCACUACGCUUUCCUUAACGGCCCCUGGUCCCAGGAGUCCUGGUGGUCGCCAUGGGACCCUGUAGUAGAGAGUGGGACAUCAGUGAAGGGGACCACAAUGAUGAUAAGACGUCGUUAGAUGAAAGAUCCUCAAUUGAUUAUGCAAACCUUAAAGAGACGAUUACAAAUUAAUUUCCAUUGCUGAGUUCUUUUUUUAUAAAUAUUUAACAUCAAGUAACAAACAUGUAAACAAAUAUGUUUUCGUUAA